CGAAUCGACGGUGAUAAUGGGCGUCCAGGUGGAGGAGUCAAAAAUCGGCGCCGUCAUUGAGAAGGCCAAGUUUUACACCUCCCUCUGCCUGGGCACCACAGCGAUCCUCGCGGUGUUCGCCUUCCUGUUUCUGAUCCCUUUCGUCGUCGAGCCGGCGAUAACCACUAUUCUGGCAGACUUCUCGCCGCACGCGGUCGCCUGCGUCACGACGGAGCACGUGUACGCGGAGGGGUUGAAGAACUGUUCGUGGGCGAGCUGUAGGGAAGGCUGUACCAGCGCUGCGCUUCGUUGUCAUCAAAUCAGGGUCAACUACACUAGACUUCCGUUCGAGGAGUUCAUGGCGAAGCCGUUGGGUUCGGUGCCGUGGGACGUCACCGACACCAAAUUCUUCGUGAAUACAGAAGGAUGCGGUUACCCGCCUACGGUUAACUGUUCCGCUUUCGCGAAGAAGUACGCGUAUGAAAAUAUGGGGAAGGUAUUUCCCUGUUAUUACAGCAGAACGCAUCCGGAGACGGUUGUCGCAAGAUAUUCGUGGGAUCAGAAUCUAAGGCAUUUGGUGUUGGCCUUGAUUGUGCCUAUAGUGGUGUUCGCUGCAACACUCGGCGUGCUGUGCUAUUGGUAUUGUCCGCCGAUGAGCAAAGCGUGCGGCGGGUCCAGUCGCAAUCUCAUGGACAAGUAUGCUAGAAAGGAAGAGUAAGUCAUCUUGGCAGAGGACGAAUUCGAGGAAGACGAAGAGGAGUACUGACUGCUACCAAGGGCUCACCCCCCCGCGCGGGAGUGAUGCCAGCGAAAUAAUCUCCGAAUGGCUCCAGCGUACUUUACCUUCUAAAUUUAAGCGAUCGAGCAAUAGCGUUUAGGAACAAUUCACGAAGAGCGGAAAAGCAAAGUUCGCUUUUUACGAGUUCACUCGUUAGAGUUACGCUUAACGCUACAUCCGACUUUUUUGCCCUUUAAGUCUGCUCUGACUCGUGCUUUCAAUAAAUGGAACGUACACCUAGGUUUAUAUGUUAUAAACAUAUUUUCUCUUUUUUUCUAUUUCUCUCUUCUUCUCGAUAUUCCAAUUGCACCGAGAUUAAUUGUAUGCACUUACGCGAAAGAGAAGUAACGUCAGGUUUACACGACGGAUUAGCAACUAUAGGAAAAAAAAAAUCGCUUGCGUGAAGAAAAUUACCUUAAAUUUACGAUGUAAUGUGAGCGACGAAUACGAGAACUCGGACUUUUUAAUUCUCUAUCAGUAUUCCAUACGAGUUUCGAGAGGAUGUGGCUCGAAAACAGGCGGGAGUACUAGAGAA